CAGCCCAUUCCCAGGCCUACCACCAGAAGGAUGCAGUUCCACCAGCUAAUUGCCCUAGCACGAAAUAUGACAGGACACACUAUCUGUGGCCUCCGCUAAUGGCAGAGGCUGCGGGGAAACCCAUCCUUUGCUGCAGCUGCUACGCUGAAGGACGGUCCUCAGAGAAGUUGGAGGUUGCACCACCAUCUCCAGGACAACUGAGACAUGUGUUCUUCCACAAUGCAUUACCUUUUGUAGGGUUUGGAUUUUUGGAUAACGCAAUUAUGAUUGCUGCGGGAACCCAGAUAGAAUUGUCAAUUGGAGUUGUCUUAGGAAUUUCAACUAUGGCAGCUGCAGCUUUGGGAAACCUUGUUUCAGAUUUAGCUGGACUGGGUCUUGCAGGUUAUGUAGAAGCUUUGGCUUCACGACUGGGUCUGUCAAUCCCUGACCUGACACCCAAACAAGCUGACAUGUGGCAGACCCGUCUCAGUGCACACUUGGACUCAAAACUCAAUGUGCAGAACAAGCAGACCAACAUGGCUGAAGCCAGAAGAGCAUCAUCCUGAGGCCCUGCUCAGGGCAAAGGGCUCCCCCACGUGUGUAUUCCAUCUGCAGAAGAGAAAGUGCAUUUACAAAGCAUUUUGAUUCAUCCUAAUAAUGAAGUUAUAAAUAAAGCAGUGUGAAGCA